CAACGUGUCAUGGGCGGCAUUGGAGGUGGGCUGGGGCUGACGGGCAAAACGGCGCUGGUCGUUGGCCUGGCAAACAAGAACUCGCUGGCUUUUGCAAUUGCGUCGGCGCUGCAGUCGAAUGGUUGCAAUGUUGGCCUCGUUUCAGCUCCGGCCUCGUACGAACGUGCGAAACCUAGCUUGGCGUUGUUGCCUGCUGCGCCACUCUUCCACGUUCCAUGCGACGUGACGAGAUGUGAAGACUUGUUGGCCCUGCGCGAGAUCACGAAAGCAGUUCGACUGGACUGCCUCGUGCAUUCGGUGGCGUAUGCAUCACCUGCAGCGCUUACCCAACCCUUCCUUGCAACACCAACCGCCGAUUUCCUCCAUUGCGUGCAUGUCAGCACCAUCUCGCUGAUCUCUCUACUCCAGCACGUUAAAAUUCAGAGCGGUGGAAGUGUUGUGGCGCUUUCCUACCUCGGUGCGGAGAAAGCAGUUCCAAACUACAAUUGCAUGGGACCUGCCAAGGCAGCUCUCGAAGCGGCCUGCCGCGCCCUUGCAGUGGAAUUGGGGGAGUCCCAAAUCCGCGUGAAUGCAGUCAGCGCUGGCCCCAUCAACACGCUGUCUGCCCGUGGCAUCCCAGGGAUGUCCAAAAUGAGGCAGGUCGUUUCAGAGACGUCUCCUCUACGCCGCAACGUCACGCCGCAAGAAGUUGCGAACACCACCGCGUUUCUGUGCGGCGAUUUGUCCAGCGGCAUUACAGGGCAAACCAUCUAUGUCGAUGCGGGCGUGAGCUCGGUGGCCAUGGUCGGCAUCAUAUCCGAGUGAACGUUUGGUCCACCGGGCACACACGUUCACGAUGGAUUUUCAAGUCAAGGCUGCUCCGCGCUGCCAUGCAGACGAUCGGGGAAGCUAAUCGUCAAUAAAUGCGUUGAUACGAACGGCGUCGACUCACACGUCCAGCAAAAAAGCCAACGGCAGCUGCAACCAUGCCAGCCAUCGCAAGCGCUGUCCAACUUGACUGCACUUGAAGCGGUCGGGACGACAUUGCCGGGAGCGACGUUGACGACGAGAGCUUCACAGUGACGUCGGUGGUCGAGUCCCUCACGUCAUUGCCGCCAUGCAGCGGUCGGAGGCCGUAGAGCGACCCCCCGUACACCGCAGUUUCACUCCACACCAUGUCUUCCAUCGUCACGUCUGGCACAGCAUAGACGCAGUCGCUUUCGAUGCCCAGGUUGUUGACCCCUCGAACGAUGCGGAAGAAGCCAUUUUCGCCCCAAUACCUACAACUGCGUCAGACGUACACCGACGGGAAGACCAUCGGCUGGCGUACGAGCCCCACGAGUUGCGCACGUGCCAAAACUUGGUGCCGUCGUCGGCGACGCCCCACCCGACAAUCUCAACGUCGUGGUCCAAGUCGACUGCAUUCGACCGAUCGAUGUAAAUGCCCGCUGUGUAGUUCUCCAUAAAGUCGAUGGCGGCAGCGAUGCCGCACGUAAUGGGUCCGUUCAACAGCUCUGCCA